GCCUUUUGACUCCAAAUGAUAUUUAAGAACACACGUUCAAAGGCAGUCCAAAAGACAUUGCAAUCCGUUUUUAGUGUUCAGAAAUUAGAGGAACAUUGUUGUUUUGUCUUCUUCCAUGCUUUCAGUCAUUACAUUUUCCAUGCAAAGAUGAGUACAAAUCCAUCCUGCCCAGAUAACCGAAUACCUUACGUUGUCCGAAAAUGCAUUGCCCUUUUGCAAAUUUGUGCCACUUCCAAGUUUAAAUUGAAACAAAUCCAUGCCUUCUCUAUCAGACAUGGCAUCCCAGUAACCAACUUAGACAUGGGCAAGCACCUUAUAUACACUGCUGUUUCCGUUUCGGUCCCUAUGAACUAUGCACACAAUAUUUUUACCCAAAUCCAAAGCCCAAACGUUUUCACAUGGAAUACCAUGAUUAGAGGCUAUGCUGAGAGUGAAAAUCCAAAAUCAGCCAUUGAAUUGUACCACCACAUGCAACUGAAACCUGACACACACACAUAUCCUUUUCUUUUGAAGGCCGUGUCUAAGGUGGUCGAUGUUAAAGUGGGUGAAAAGAUACAUUCCCUUGUUGCAAAAAAUGGGUUCGAAUCAUUGUUGUUUGUUCAAAACAGUUUGCUUCACAUGUAUGCUGCUUGUGGCCAGUUCGAGAGUGCAUACAAAGUAUUUGAAUUAAUGCCUGAGAAGGAUAUUGUGGCUUGGAAUUCUGUGAUUAAUGGUUUUGCUCUGAACGGGAAACCCAAUGAGGCUUUAACACUUUAUAAGAGAAUGGGUUCUGAAGGUGUUGAGCCGGACGGAUUCACUAUGGUUAGUUUGCUGUCUGCCUGUGCUGAGCUUGCAACGUUGGCCUUGGGCGGGAGGGCUCAUGCGUUUAUGGUGAAAGUUGGUCUCAACAAAAAUUUGCAAGUUAAUAAUGCCCUUCUGGACCUUUAUGCAAAGUGCGGAACCAUUAGUGAAGCACGCAAGAUUUUUGAUGAGAUGGGAAUUGAGAGGAAUGUGGUUUCUUGGACUUCUUUGAUUGUUGGAUUGGCUGUUAAUGGAUUCGGUAAAGAAGCUCUUGAGCAUUUCAAGGAUAUGGAGAGAGAGGGAUUGGUGCCUAGUGAGAUCACUUUUGUUGGGGUCUUAUAUGCUUGUAGUCAUUGCGGUAUAGUUAAUGAGGGGUUUGAAUACUUCAAAAGGAUGAAGGAGCAAUAUGAUAUUGUGCCUAGAAUAGAGCACUAUGGUUGCAUGGUUGAUUUGCUUGGUAGAGCAGGCUUGUUGAAAGAAGCAUAUGAUUAUAUUCAGGAUAUGCCACUGCAGCCUAAUGCUGUUAUUUGGAGGACCUUGUUAGGGGCUUGCACAAUACAUGGGCAUUUAGGCUUAGGAGCAUUUGCAAGAGCCCGACUCUUGCAGUUGGAGCCUAAAGACAGCGGAGAUUAUGUGCUACUCUCCAACCUGUAUGCAUCCGAGCAGCGUUGGUCAGAUGUACAUGAGGUGAGAAGGACAAUGCUUAGUGAAGGAGUCAGAAAAACUCCAGGGUAUAGCCUUGUAGAGUUGGGAAAUCAUGUCCAUGAGUUUGUUAUGGGUGAUAGGACUCAUCCUCAAAGUGAGGCAAUAUAUAAAAUGCUAGUGGAGAUGGCCAUGAAGUUGAAAUUGGCAGGCUAUGUGCCUCACACGGCAAAUGUGCUUGCAGACAUUGAAGAGGAAGAAAAGGAAAGUGCUUUGUUUUAUCAUAGUGAGAAGAUUGCAAUUGCUUUUAUGCUCAUUAAUACACUACCAGGGACCCCAAUUAGGAUUAUUAAGAAUUUAAGAGUAUGCGCAGAUUGUCAUUUUGCAAUUAAGCUGAUAUCAAAGGUUUUUGAAAGAGACAUUGUUGUGAGGGACUGCAGCCACUUUCACCAUUUUAGAGACGGUUCUUGUUCUUGUAGGGAUUACUGGUGAAGUUUGGGAUGGUUUUAUCAAUUAGUGCAAUAAAGGAAACAUAUGAAGGUUUGAAUAGGAAAUGCAAAAAUCUGUGCAGUUAUUGACUUAAUUGUUUUGCAUUUCUAGCACUGAUAUUGGUGGCCUUGGAUUUGGCAGAAUUCUUAGCAGGAUUUUUACAUUGCUCUUGACAUGCAGUUGUGAUAGAUCCUGCUGGUUCCAAAUUUAUAUUGUCAUCUUCAAGUAUAAAUUAUUGUUUACUGUUGUCAAGCAUGUGCUUCUCUAAAAUCUUACAAGCAUUUGAUAUUUAAAUACGGAUUGACAAAGAAUCUGAUAUUUAUGAGAUUGGUAUAGAGGAUGAUACUGUUUUGGCAAUGGGGCUACUUGGGCUUGGCAGAAAUAGUUUUUAGAGAUGCAAAGUCCAAGGGGGGUUAUUUGAGGCACCUGCCUAGUUGUAAUUGGCUAUACUUGUCAACACUCGCUACACUGAAAGAAUUCGCAUCUAUAAAGGCAUUGAAAGAGCAUAGGUUUCCAGUUCCCAAAGCUGUGGAUUGUAAUAGGCAGUGCGUGGUUAUAUCACCCGUUCAAGGUUAACCACUGUGAGUAUUUCGCUUUCUUUGUCAAAUGUAAUGCUUCUAGGUUUACAAAAUGAACAAUUUUUGUUCUGUUGGUACUCAAGUAAUGGUUUUUUUUUAUUGUUUUUGUUUGAUCAGUAUCCAGGUGAAGCAAUUGAGAAAUCUGAAAACAGUUUUGAAAUGAUAAUUGGCUUUAUCAUUUGUUACGCAGAACAUGGUCUUAUUCAAUGUGAUUUCAAUGAAUUUAAUUAUUAGAGGAUGCAUUUGGUGUCAACUUAAUACCUGUGCUAAUAUUCUUCUGGUUAUGUUUUUGUGCUCUACAUUUAUUCCCUUCUUGAAUUGCCGUGCUUGGUAGAUCGAUGAUGAUGAGAAGGUCCCCGUGGUUGAUUUUCCUGAUGGUUUCUGUAUCUCAUUAAAAUGCACAAAUGCACUGAUUUGCCUUGAUUACCAUGUAAUUCUUCACUCCAGUUCACCUUACCGGUUUAUUUAAUUUAGUUUGGAUUCUGUAAAAUCAUAUAUCAGAUACCUUAACUUCGUUCCUUGAAGCAUUCUCAUCUCCCACGUGCUUUGACUAUAAUGUUGAGUGUAUCUUCGAUUUUCUUAGGAAAACGCAAGUCAGCGGGUGUCAGUCAAUCAAGUUACUUGCAGCAAGCAAUAAUAAAUGAAGGGGAAGCCCUGAGUGGAAUCAUAAUGGAGCAGCGUAUAUGAGAAGUAGAGAUAGAGCUGAGAAUGUAAUCGUGAUUUUUAGCCCUUUUUCAGUACCUUAGGUGUUGGAUAUUAUAGGUUUUUUUUUUUUUAAUUUAUCUUGUAGUGGAAUUGAUGGUGGGAGAAGAGGUGUCCGUUAUGAGAAGAGGAAGCAGUUGCAGCAGACUAUGUUCUCUAAUGUAAAGUCCCAACUGAACUUGAUCUUUUGGAUCAUUAAUGCUUUUGUCUAGCUCAUGUAAUAUUAAGAUGUUAUGU